AUGGCGGAUUCUCCAGUAAGAAGGCUUUCAAGGUCUCCUUCCCCAUGGAGGGGUCAAUCAAGAUCUAGGUCUAGGUCGAGAUCUCGGUCAAGGUCUCUCGAAAAGCCUAGGCUUAGGUCUCGGUCAAGAUCUAUUGAAAUGCAAAGGCCUAGGUCUCCCUCGAGAGGUCGUGGCAGAUCAAGAUCAAGAAGUCCUCCUGACAGUUUUGUGAUUUUGUGUUGUGUUAGGAAUGGGGGAGAUACACUUUAUGUUACUGGCUUAUCUUCAAGGGUCACUGAGAGAGACCUAGAGGAGCAUUUCUCUAAGGAAGGAAAGGUUGCUUCAUGUUUUCUUGUGGUGGAGCCCCGUACGCGCAUAUCUCGUGGUUUUGCAUUUGUUACUAUGGAUUCUGUUGAGGAUGCAAACCGCUGUAUCAAGCACCUGAAUCAAUCCGUUUUAGAGGGUCGCUAUAUCACUGUUGAUCGGUCAAAGAGAAAGAGGCCAAGAACUCCCACACCUGGGCACUAUCUUGGGCUGAAAAACACUAGAGAAAUUGGAUAUCGCGAUGAUCGUGGAGGUGGAGGAAGGUACCGCGGUGGAUAUGGUCGUGAUGAUUAUCCAUACCGUCGGUCUCCAAGGCACUCACCAUAUCGAGGUGGCAGAGAUUAUUCACCACCAAGGCACUCUCCCUAUGGUGGUGGAAGGUAUAGGAGGGAGAGGUCUAGGUCACCUUAUGCUCCAUAUGGCAGCCCAGAUAGGAGGUAUGCUCGGGGGCCUAGGUGA